AUGUCGGUGUCGCAAUCAACGAAUCAAAGCGAAACUGGUCAAGACCAACACGAAGGCCAAGAUUCCGGCCCGAUUCUUGAUCAUGAAAUAAUUCGAUAUGAAAGGUCUCAGCAAUUAAGAAGAAGUCACUCAGCAGCUAAAGGAGUUGUAACUAAAAGGAUUAAAGAAUUGACCGAACUUAUAACUAGUGUAAUAGACGCCAGCGAAGCUCGAAUAAAGGAUCAGGAAUUCCACGAUGUAGCAGUGAAACUUUAUCGCGCACAUGCCGAUUAUCAUGCAACGAUCACGGACGAGUACGAUUUACAAGACUCCGAAGAAUAUUUUCAUAUCGAAACUCAAAGAAUUGAAGCUUUUAAGCGAACUCUAACGGACUGGAUUGAUGGUUUAUCAAACCCAAACCCAUCGCCAAUGGAUUGUGAAAUUAAUUCAAAGGACUCAAUAAGCAAUGUCGGCUCCAAAGCUCGGUCGCGUUGGAGUGCCAAAGGUUCCACAGCAAGCUCUCGAAGAUCCCGCGUUAGCUCGUCAGCGCAAAGUGCCAUAGCAGCAGCAAAAGCAAAAAAGGCUAUGUUAACUGUACGAGCGGAGGCGUUAGACAAAUACAAAGCUCUAGAAGAAGAAGAACUUCGCGUACAGCACGAAAUAGCAGCGCUAACUCAACGACAAGAAGAACAAAGACUGCGCUGUCAGCAGAGGAAAAAGGAACUAGAAAUUGAAACAGAAUUCGCGAAAGCUGAUGCAGAAGAAAAGGCAUAUGCUGAAACUUUACUUCGUGACAAGCCUCAACCAAUGACGUCCAAUGGUCUUGCAAUAGAAACUGGAUUGCAAGGAAGCCAAACCCCAACUCAAGUCAAACCGUCCAUCCAUAGUGUGAAGCUAAAAGGAGAAGCCAAAGAAGAUGAUGCUUCUGACGACUCAGAGACGGCAGGAAACUUCCUGCGAGAGAUGGUAAACGUACAGCAGCUCCAGUUGAAUCAAAAUCAGCAAAUGUUUGAAUCACAGAGAUAUCGCGACGAAUACAUGCAACAACUAUUGAACCAACAACAUCGACUGGCUACAUCUAUGGCAUUACCGAACGUCCAAGUACCGACAUUUAGCGGUAACCCAAUAGAAUAUUGUCACUUUAUACGAUCGUUCGAGACCCUUGUUGAAGACAAGAUGAUGGACAGUGGCACAAGACUUCGUUAUCUGAUUCAAUAUACAUCUGGAGAUGUUCAAGAAUUGAUGCGAAGCUGUUUAACUAUGAAAUCAGAAGAUGGCUACCGAAGGGCAAGAUCGCUCCUUAAACAGAGAUACGGGCAAAAUUACAGGAUAGCAACUGCUUAUAUUGAUCGAAUCGUCAACUCACCGCCUAUCAAAGAUGAAGAUGGAACAGCACUCCAUAAAUUUUCUAUUCUGAUUACAAGUUGCAAGAACACCUUAGAAGAUAUCGGAUACAAACACAAACUUGAGAAUUCCGACAACUUGCAAAGGGUUGUGAAUAGGCUACCUUUUUCCCUUAGAAGAUCGUGGCGCGACGUUGCCGACGACAUAACAAGUAAUCAAUCGAGGGACAUUACGUUUGAAGAUCUUGCUAAAUUCGUGGAGAAAAGGGCUAGAGCGCUGACGCACCCAGUGUUCGGCAAAAUAAUUCACGAACAGAAUCCUAAGUUCAAGUUACCCAAGAGCAGGCUUUCAUUUGGGGUGGACGGCGAAGCAAAUUCAAAGAAGGCGGAUACGACCGUUGGAGGUGCAAGCGUGUUUAAUAUAGAAGUAAAGAAGUACAAGUGUCCAAGGUGUAAUGGCGACCAUCUGCUAUCUCGCUGCGAAAAAUUUAAACGUGAUACGGUUAAAGAAAGAGUCAACUUAGUGCGAAGAAAGGGUUUGUGUGACAAUUGCCUGUUUCAAGGACACAUCGCAAGAGUUUGCCUGAAAGAAAGUUUCUGUAAGGUAACCGGUUGCCAAUCAAAGCAUUCCACCUAUUUGCACCCGCUGAAUACUAAACCUGAUGAAGAGGAUAAAUUACGCAGUAAACGUCCGAAGAAUCCCGAUCAUGAAGAAUCUGACAUCAACAAGAUUACCGGACACAAUGGCUUUGUUAACAGCGAAGACGCCUUAAGUGACGUCAACGGGGCCGGCGUAUCUCAGAUAGGAUUAGCGAUCGUUCCUGUUAAAGUCAAAUCCAAAAAUUCUAACCGAACAGCGUUAACGUAUGCAUUUCUGGAUCCUGGAUCAAAUACUACAUUUUGUACUCGUGAAUUAAUGGAAGAACUUGGCAUUGAAGGAGAGAACACAGUCUUGUCGUUGACUACUUUACAGUCGGAAAAUCACUCAAUGAAAAGUCAAGUGCUAAGUUUAGAAGUUUACGACUUAGAAGAGAAUGAUCUUGUUGAACUCCCUACAGUGUUUUCAACUCUAACGCUACCGAUAAACGAACGUAGUAUUCCUCGCCAAUCUGAUAUCGAUAAGUGGCCAUAUUUGUCUAAUGUUAAGAUCAUAGAAAUCGACGCCAGUGUCGGUUUACUCAUCGGCAACGAUGUGCCUAAAGCGUUGGAACCCAAGGAAACGAUAGAAAGCGAAGGAGUCGGGCCAUACGCAGUUAGAACGAUAUGUGGAUGGACAAUCAACGGCCCUCUAGGAAGAAAUGGAAGUCUCAAUCGCUCCACCAAUUUCAUCCGUGCGGACGACGUGUUGAAUGAGCAGUUCAAACGCUUUUGCAACGUUGAAUUUAGCGAUUCUACAUUCGACGAUAAAGUUGAGAUGUCUAGAGAAGAUCUGAGAGCUGUUAACAUUCUCGAGAACUCUGCCGAACUGCGUGGUGGUCACUACGAGUUAGCUCUGCCCUGGAAGAAUUCUUCACCUUCGUUACCAAACAAUCGUCCCGUCGCUGAGCAUCGCCUCGCUCUGCUGAAGAGAAGAUUCAAUAAAGACCCUAAGUUGUUUUCAAGAUACGCGGAGGUGAUGGAUAAUUUGUUAGACAAAGGAUACGCAACGAAAGUUCCUGCUACAUCAAUGGAAAUGCGUGAAGAAACCCGGUGGUAUUUACCUCACCACCCAGUGAUUAACCCAAACAAGCCUGAAAAACUGCGAGUAGUGUUUGAUUGUGCCGCUACUUAUCAUGGAACAUCUCUCAACGAUCAACUGCUCCAGGGACCAGACUUAACGAACGGUUUGAUUGGUGUAUUAAUUCGUUUCAGACAAGAUCGAGUGGCAUUAAUGGCGGACAUCGAAUCCAUGUUCCACCAGGUUCAUGUCCCUGACAAGGAUAGAGAUGUUUUGCGCUUCUUGUGGUGGCCUGGUAACGACCUUGAUGCCCGACCCGAAGAGUACCAAAUGACAGUCCAUUUGUUUGGUGCUAAAUCGUCACCAACCUGUGCAAAUUUCGCAUUGCGAAAGACAGCAACCGACAACGCAGAGGAAUUUAGUAACAACGUAGUCGAGACGAUAAAACGAAAUUUUUACGUGGACAAUUGCCUUAAGUCCGUUCCAGACGAAGAUGAGGCUAGUAUGUUGGCAGCUGAUCUCCGCGUUAUUCUCCAAAGAGGUGGUUUCCGCUUGACGAAAUGGGUUUCGAACUCCCCGAAAGUUGUGGCUUCCAUACCAGAAGCCGAAAGAGCUGGUUCCGUGAAGGAUGUUUGCCCUGGUCAGCCAACCCUCGAGCGAGCACUUGGUGUUCAGUGGAACGUGGGUCUAGAUCAGUUUGGAUUUAGGAUAAAGAUGAAGGAAAAACCGUCCACAAGAAGAGGAGUACUCUCGUUAGUUAGUUCUGUGUAUGAUCCUCUGGGAUUCGGAGCUCCGUUUGUUCUGAUUGCUAAGAUGCUGAUGCAGGAGUUAUGCCGGAAGAACUUAAGUUGGGACGAUCCGAUUCAGGGAGAAUACCUCAAAAGAUGGGAAAGUUGGCAAACGCAACUAAUGAAAAUUGAGAAGCUCUACGUGCCAAGAUGCUUUAAACCUUCCGAAUUUGGGAAGAUCGUGUCAAGUCAAUUGCACCAGUUUGCGGAUGCAUCGGAACGUGCAUAUGGCGCAGUCAGUUACCUACGAUUAGUAAAUGAACAUGGAGACAUUCAUGUUUCGUUUGUGAUUGGUAAAGCCCGACUCGCGCCACUCAAGGUUGUUACGAUACCUCGACUCGAACUAUCGGCUGCCGUUGUAGCUACCAGACUGGAUAAGAUGGUACGCAACGAAAUCGAUUUCUCGAUUGACGCUUCCGUUUUCUGGACAGAUAGUACAACGGUGCUUGGUUAUAUCCUUAACGAAGAGAAAAGAUUCAAAACCUUCGUAGCGAAUCGCGUGGCUGUGAUACACGAAACUACCAUACCGUCGCAGUGGAAAUAUGUCAGUACUCAGUUAAAUCCAGCUGACGACGCUUCCCGAGGUCUAUCUGCCGAUGCUCUACUCCAAAAUAAAAGAUGGCUGAGUGGACCUGACUUCCUUUGGAAGACCGAAGACCAUUGGCCGAGUCAACUCUAUAAUUCUGCCACGACCCUACAAGAAGACCCAGAAGUGAAGAUAGAACCCCAAACAUUUGCUACUGUUGCAGAAACCCAAGAAGAUCCAUUGGAAGGUAUCUUCAAACGAUUUUCGUCGUGGACCCGUCUUCGAAUUUUCAUAGCCUGGGUGCUUCGUUAUAAAUCGAAACUCCGAGAAACUGUGCGUAGAAGAAGAGAAGGACAAUACGAGUCGCUAAAGGCGGGAGUUAUUAACCCAAUUAGUGUUGAAGAGUUGGUUCGUGCAGAGAACGAGGUCUUGAAACGUGUUCAAGGAACAAGCUUUCGAGAGGAGCUGAAACGUUUGGACGAUAAAUCCGUCAAUGAUACAACGAACGAGCUGAAAGUUAAAUACGUUAAGAAGUCAAGUUCUAUCUAUAACUUGGAUCCGCAGUUGAUCGAUGGUAUUCUACGAGUUGGCGGCCGCCUAAAGAACGCUCCAAUACCAAAAGAAAGCAAACAUCCUAUUAUCGUCCCAAAGAAUAACCAUAUUUCCAACUUGAUCGUGCGGUAUUAUCAUCAAAUCUCCGCUCACGCGGGUCGCGAACAUGUUUUGUCACUCCUAAGGGAACGUUUCUGGAUAGUUGGAGCGAGAAUCAUGGUGAAACGAAUCCUCAAUAACUGUGUUGAAUGUCGGAAAAUACGGGGUCCACGUGGUGAGCAGAAGAUGGCCGACCUACCCAAUGACCGAGUUAUCCCUAAUAACCCACCUUUCAGCUUCGUAGGAGUAGAUUGCUUCGGGCCGUUCCUUGUGAAGAGGGGGAGAAGUCUCGUGAAGAGGUACAGCGUUCUUUUCACCUGUUUAACUAUUCGAGCCAUUCACAUCGAGAUUGCUUACAGUCUCGAUACUGAUUCGUUUCUACAGUCUAUGCGAAGAUUCAUUGCCAGACGUGGUCGUCCUGAGAUUAUGAGAUCCGAUAAUGGAACUAAUUUUGUGGCCGGAGAAAAAGAGCUUCGUAACGCAAUAGACGGAUGGAACCAAGAGAAAUUGCAUAAGUUCCUUUUACAGCAACACAUAAAAUGGAUUUUUAAUUCGCCUACCGCUUCCCAUCAAGGUGGCGUAUGGGAACGAUGUAUACGUACUGUUCGCAAAGUUUUGAAAGGACUUCUCAAACAGCAAGUACUCGAUGAAGAAGGAUUAACUACAUUAAUGUGCGAGGCAGAAUCAAUCGUGAAUAGCAGACCUCUUACUAAAGUUUCCGAUGAUCCUAACGAUGCAGAAGCGUUGACACCAAACCACUUAUUGUUAUUACGAUCUGGUCCGUCCUUUCCUCCGGGAAUGUUCACGAAGGAAGAGCGUUACAGUCGCCGCAGAUGGAGACAAAUACAAUAUUUAGCUGAUGUAUUUUGGCGCCGAUGGGUAAAGGAAUAUCUUCCUACAUUACAGAAGCGGCAGAAGUGGACCAAGCCGCGCAGAAAUUUCCAAUUGGGAGACAUUGUGCUCAUCGUUGAUGAAAAUUAUCCAAGAUGUUCCUGGGCCCUUGGUCGUAUUAUAGAAGUUAAGCCGGGAAGGGAUGGUUAUGUCAGACGAGUAAGUAUGAAAACGAAGUCAACGGUCUUGGAACGCCCGAUUAAUAAGAUUGUCCUCUUGGAAGCUGAUGUUGUCCAGAAGGAAUGA